AAUGCUAUAUACGACAUCAGUACAGGAGGUCACCAAAGGCUCACACGCAUAAGAAUUCUUUUGGAAGAUAAAGUGAAUUCUUAAUUCCAAACAGUUUUAAUGGCCAUGACAUUUUAAGUGACUAUCAGACUUAAUAAAUCAUUGCGAAAGACUGCUGGUGGUAUUCAGCUUCAAUGCCAUACAUUCUAGUUAGAGGGAACCUUGCAUCAUAUGGACAGCGCCAGCCUUGGAGAGUUCUUGUGUCAGGCUUGAAAGCAUCAGAUCUUGAGCAGAUGAGCAGAUUCGCUUCAGGAGGUUACUGUGAUGAAUCGACUAUAGUUUUCUUGCAACAUCCGUGUGUUAUUCUGACAGCCCUUGAAGUUCUGGGUUAUAAAGUAGUUGCUUCAUCCUCUGCCUCUGUUAAACAAGACUACAAUGAGUAUAUGUGGACUAUGAGAAAGGACUUUGCAGAACCAGAGCCUACUGGAAAUGGACAUACCACUUUUGCUUCCUAAUCAAGUCAGUAUGCCAGACCUUCCAACGUACUUAUAUGCUGCAGUCAAAGGAUCAUUGCAUGCUAGUGACUGUUCUGUCUUUGGACUCAACUGUGCUGAGAUACAGGCACUAACCAAGCGUUACCAAAAUACAUCAUCUG